CAAGUGUAAUGAUGAUAUUUCGACUUGUUUGUGUUUAUUGUAUUAUUUUCACAAGUUUAUAUGUAACGGAGAUUUGGGCGAGCCGGAUAUAUGGAUCCUUUAAAGAUACGAAAUAUCCUGGAAGUUGUGUCAUUGAUGCUGAAACAAUUUUACCUGAAAUGUCGUCAAUAAAAGAUCCAUUUGUUCAGUGUGGUCUUAUAAGUUGUGGUAAAAAUUCUAUUGUGGAAUUUAAAAGUUGUCCUUUCCAAACUGUGCCGCCUAAUUGCAAAUUAGCUCAUCUAUUAGAUCCAUCUCUACAAUAUCCUCAAUGUUGUGAAAGAGAAAUUGAAUGUUUUAAUUAUAAUCAUAUUUUGUAAAGUUUUUAAGUUGAAAUCAUAAAAAUGAACUAAAAUUAUUUCGUUUGCUGUAUUUAUAAACUGUUAUAGACAAUAAUUCUUUGCAAAGAAUUUUAUAUCGAAAUAUUUUUAUAGAAAAAAAACUGUUAUACAAAAAUUUUCCAUUACAAAAAACAAACCAUAAUAAAGAA